AUGUUAUUAUAUUUAAUAGAUGUCCUAGGAGGUAACUGCAAAUUGCUUCAGUAUUCACUGAUUAAACGUAGAAGUGCUUUAACACCCAGGAGGUGUAAAAUGUAUGAUACAUCUAAAAUUUUGUUCCGGGAGGUAAGAAGGAUUAACAAACAAUGUAAUAAUUCAAGGGAUAAAUUGCAACAAAGUAUACGAUGUUCUGAAAAGUUUUCAAAUAUUCCGGAAACACUAAAUGUAAGGGCAAGAAAUUUUAUAUUGUCUCAAUUAAGAGAGCAUACUAAAAGACCGAAAGGAAGAAAAUUCACAGAGGAGGACAAAAUUCUUGCUUUAAGUUUGUAUAAAAAGUCUCCAAAGGCUUACUACUUUUGGAGACAAAUAUUUAUUUUGCCAUCUCCUCAAACAUUGAGGAAGUUGCUUUCAGAGAUACCUUUGUAUAGCGGUAUAAAUGAGUGUCUUUUUAAUACAUUAAGUUCAGCUAUUUCUCAUAAAAAGUAUGAGAGUAGCAAAUACUGUGUUUUGAUGUUUGAUGAAAUAUCACUAUCUUCAGAAUUGUCAUAUGAUCGUAAAAAGGAUCACAUUGUUGGUUUUGUAGAACUAGCGAAUGGCAGAAAAAGUUUAUUUGCGGAUCAUGCACUUGUUUUCAUGAUAAAAGGAAUAAAGGAUCGUUGGAAGCAACCAGUUGCUCUCUACUUUUCCGAAGGUGGAGUAAAUAGUUCUGAUUUAAAAUAUCUUAUUGUUGAUGUGGCAAAAAAGUUAUUUAAUAUUGGUUUAAAGGUUGUUGCCACAGUUUGCGACCAAUAUGCGGCAAAUUGUAAAGCAGUUAAUAUGCUUUUAAAUGAUACAGAAGAGUAUUAUAAAACGAAAAACCUUCACUGGAAUAAACUGUUUUUUGAAAUAGAUGGCCAUGAGAUUGUUCCUUUAUAUGAUCCUCCACAUUUGUUAAAGUGUAUGCGGAAUAAUUUUGCUAAGUACAAUGUUAAAUUUAUAGGUUUAGAUGGGGUCGAAUAUGAAGCAUCUUGGAAAGACAUCAUAGAUUAUUACAAUCAUGAUUCUACUUCAAGUAUGUUUCGUCGUUGUCCUACAUUAACCGAACACCACCUUGAUCAAACAAAAAUGAAACGUAUGAAGGUCAGUCUUGCUGCGCAAGUAUUUUCUCAACGGGUAGCACAUGGACUUCAAAACUCUGGUUACCAGUAG